AUAAAUAACAAGUAAUAAGCAACAACCAUAUUCCAAAUAUUCAACUCUUCUUCUCUGUUCAACACCAUCACUUUACAACUCAUUUUUAUCUUCAUGGAUUCUAAUAUACAUAACUUACUAACCCUUGUCACGCCCUUUUUCCUCUUCACGAUUGUUGCACUGAAAAUAUGGAGAAAUGUUAAGAGAACCAACUCAUCUCCAAAUAUACCUCCAGGACCAUGGAAGCUGCCAAUUAUAGGAAAUAUACCCUAUUUUGUUACAUCAACACCAACACAUCAUAAAUUAAGAGACUUGGCCAAAAUAUAUGGACCCUUCAUGCAUCUACAACUUGGAGAAGUCUACACAAUCAUUGUUUCCUCAGCGGAGUAUGCUAAGGAGAUAAUGAAAACCCAUGAUGUCAAUUUUGCGUCAAGGCCUCGCAUGCUGUUUACAGAUAUAGUGUCUUAUGGAUACACAAAUAUUGCUUUUUCAACUUAUGGAAAUUAUUGGAGACAGGUACGAAAAAUAUGUACAAUAGAGCUUUUCUCCCGAAAGCGUGUCAACUCAUUCCAACCGAUAAGAGAAGAAGAGUUCACCAAUCUCGUUAAAGUGGUUGCUUCUCAUAAUGGGUCUCCCAUCAACCUCACAGCAACAAUAUCUUCAACGAUAUUUACCAUCAUCUCAAGAAUUAUUUUUGGCGAAAGAUGCAAACUCCAAGACGAAUUCAUCUUACUGUUAAACGAAGCGGUACCAGUUGCUGCAGGGUUGACCGUAGCAGAUUUGUUUCCUUCUGCUAAUUGGCUUCAAUUUGUUACUGGUUUGAGGCCAAAGAUUGAGAGGCUGCAAAGAAAAGUUGAACAGCUACUAGAAAUCAUGAUCAAUGAACACAAACAGCCAAAGUCAAAAGCCAAAGAAGGCCAAGAAGGAGCACAAGAAGAUUUGGUAGAUGUUCUCCUAAAAUUCCAGGAUGGUAAUGAUAGUAACUUGGACUUUUGCUUAACAAUUAACAAUAUGAAGGCUAUAAUACAGGAUGUAUUUGGUGCUGGAGGUGAAACGACAUCAACUUCCAUAAAUUGGGCAAUGGCAGAGAUGAUAAAGGAUCCAAGAGUAAUGAAGAAAGCACAAAUUGAGGUGAGGGAGGUAUUCGAUAGGAAAGGAAGGGUAGAUGAAAUUUGCAUAAAAGAACUCAAAUAUUUGAAAUUAAUUGUCAUGGAGACCCUAAGGUUACAUCCCCCAGCUCCUCUUUUACUUCCAAGAGAAAAUGGACAAGCAUGUGAGAUUCAUGGGUAUCAUGUACCUGUCAAAAGUAAGAUAAUUAUCAAUGCUUGGGCUAUUGGAAGAGAUCCUAACCAUUGGACUGAACCAGAUAGAUUUUAUCCAGAGAGAUUCAUUGAUAGCUCUAUUGACUACAAAGGGGGAAAUUUUGAGUACAUUCCAUUCGGUGCUGGAAGAAGAAUGUGCCCAGCCAUCACCUUGGCUUCAAUACAUAUUGAGUUGGCCCUUGCGACCUUGUUGUAUCAUUUUGAUUGGAAGCUUCCAAAUGGAAUGAAAGUUGAGGACAUGGACAUGACUGAGGAAUUUGGAGCGGCUGUUAGAAGAAAGGGUGACCUAUACUUGAUACCUGUAACUUCUCGUCCUUUGCUGGGAACUGGUGCAGAUACUAGGGAAGUAAGUAAUGAACGUGCAGGAAAAUAAGGAUGAGUAGGAUUAGAGCCAUGAUCAAAGAAGUCCCCAAAUUUGAAUGCACGUCAGUGAUGUAAUUAAGAUGCCUUAGUGGUUUAGUUGGUGAAUAAUUGGUUAGUAGACCAAGUCUUUAAGAGAUGUUAUUAUGAUGUUUUAAUUUUAAGAACAUUAAUAAUUUACGAUCUAUUAUGAUCUUUUAAACACUUUUUUUUA